AUGGCGGCCACUUUUGAAAAGGCCGUGCUCGGCGAGCCUCGGCCCCUGGACGAGAAGCUUGCUACCGAAAAUAUUACGGCCAACUGCUCAGACAGCUCUCGCAGUCAAGAUGUCGCGGCGGGAAUCUACAGUCUCGACGCCCAGGCUGACCGGCGGCUGACGACCAAGAUCGAUCUCAAAGUCAUUCCCAUCAUGGGCCUGUUGUAUCUGGUCUGCUUCCUGGAUCGGACCAAUAUCGCCAACGCCCGCCUGGCUGGACUGGAGAAGGGACUGAAUAUGCCGUCUACGGGCUUCAACACGGCCUUGUGGAUUUUCUAUAUCCCAUUUGUUCUGUUCGAGGUUCCGAGUAAUUGGAUUAUGGGUCUGCGGUGGAUCAAGCCCAAUUUGUUCCUGGGCGCGCAAAUGUUUAUUCUAGGUAUAUUGGCAAUGUGUCAAGGUCUUACCCAUUCCUAUGAGGGCCUGCUCGCGAUCCGCUUUCUGAUGGGUAUCGUGGAGACGGGGCUUCCUGCCGGCGCGGGCCUGCUCAUCGCAUCCUACUACAGAAAGAAGGAGCUGUCCUUGAGAUUCGCCCUCUUCUUUGCUUUUGGUCAAUCUGGAUCUUGUUUCAGUGGUUUGCUGGCUUAUGCACUCAUGGAUCUCGACGGAUCUGCUGGCCUGGCGGGCUGGAGCUGGAUCUUUCUUGUCGAAGGUCUUGUCACGAUUGUGUUUUCCAUUUUUGUCUUUAUUUUUACGCCUCACUUUCCAUCUCAGGACAAGUGGAUGGAUAAAGAAGACCAGGCGCAGCUGCUCGCCCGUCUUCAGCUAGACAAGGGCGACCAAAAGCAGGAUAUGGGCGUCAAGGUGGACUGGCUUAAGAUCGUGUUUGACUACAAGAUCUGGCUACUAACACUUCUCUUCUUCUGUGCCGACAUGUCGGCUGGGUCUCUUAGCUCUUUCAACCCCACGAUCCUGAGUCAGUUGGGAUGGACCGCACGCCGCGCCCAGGUCAUGACUAUUCCAGUGUGGAUCAUCGGCAUCGUCGGCGCACUAAGCACGACGCUGCUGUCAGGACGGCUCAAUACACGGUGGCCCUUUAUCCUACCCGCCAUCCUGGUCAGCACCGUUGGCUGGAUUCUCCACUUGUUGCAGGUCAACCCGCCCGGCGUUCGUUACUUUGCGCAGUUCCUCAUUAGCUUCGGCACCUUUGUCUGCAUGCCGCUCUACAUUGGCAUGUUGACGGCCAACCUGCGCGGACGCGCCUCGCAGUCCUUUGGUACCGCCGUCCUCUUGGGUAUCGGAAACUGUGCAAACUUUGUGAGCAGCAACGUCUUUAUCACGACCCAGUCCCCUCGCUAUCCCGUCGGGUUCGGCACGGGUUUGGGCAUUACGGCGCUCAGUUUCCCCAUCAUGAUAUUCACCAUGUUUGUCUUCAUUUACCACAACAAGAAGAUUGACAAGAAGAUUGCCGCCUUGCAGCCGGGCGAGGAGCUGGAUGAUCAAGUGGACUACAAAUAUGUCUAUUAA